AUGUCAACACCGGAUAAUAAUGGCACAUCCCGCAAAAGAAGGCGCGUUACGAAUCACGAUGCCACCUCCCCAGCCAACUCCAAGACCACGCCUAUUCUUCUCUGUGACGACGAUGAAGAUCAUAUAACGCCCUCGAAGAAGACGUCAUCAUCUGCAAAGUCCAAGAAAGAUCCAGCGGAAAAGCGUCUGCGUCGGUACCGGGCGAAACCACCUCAGACCUUCCUAGCCAAACUCUCUCGCGCCCAGACACAGCGCAUGAUCGUUCUUUCGCGCACUCGGACAUCCGCUGUAAGCGAGGACAUCGCCAUCGUUGGUAGUACGGGAAACAUCUAUACUGUCACCAUUGGCCAUCUGCCGAGCUGCACCUGUCCUGAUCACGGCAAGGGCAACGAAUGCAAACACAAGGUCUACGCUCUGCACACGGUCUUACGCGCCCCGGACCACCUCGUCUACCAGCUCGCUCUCGUGACCGAGGAACUGGAGUCAGUCUUUGCUGCUGCCCCGCCCAUCCCUACCGACACAGUCUCCGACGACGACAAAGACACCGCCACCAGCAAGCGCAAACCCAUCGAGGACGGCAGCGAAUGCCCCAUCUGCUACAUGGAUAUGCUCGGCACAGAAGAGCUGGUCUGGUGCAAAGCCGCCUGUGGCAACAACAUGCACAAGAACUGCUUCGACCAAUGGGCCGCCAGCCAGCGCGGCCAGACAGUCAAAUGCGUCUACUGCCGCACGCCGUGGGAGGUGGACGCCAGCGAUCUAGCAAAGAUGAAGACGCAGGGUUCCGUGGGCCCAGACGGGUAUGUCAACGUUGCCGAGCAGUUUGGCUUGAGUGGACAGCGCGACUACAGCAGCUAUAAUUCCUACUGGGUGCGUAGGCAGUUUGGCGUGGGGUACUGA